AUGGGAGAGACCGUUAUUGUCGUCACGAAUGGUGCACAAGACGCCAACGCCUCGUCGGACUCGUCGACCCUCUCCAGCAGCCAGGACGACCAGCCUCCUAUAGCGGAACCCCCCGACAUAUUAGCUAUAGAGAAGCCGCAUUGUCCUCAUACUCUAUCAGCCCGUCGAGUUGCUGAGCUCCUCAAAACCGACACCGAAGAUGGACUAAGUGUCGAGGACGCUGCCGCCCGCUUGGCGCGGGACGGCCCCAACACUAUCAAGGGAGCAAAGGGCAUCUCCAUCUGGGAGAUCUUUCUCCAGCAAGUUGCCAAUGCCUUGACCGCCGUGCUCAUUGCCGUCAUGGCACUGUCCUUUGCCAUUCACGACUUUGUCGAAGGUGGCGUGGUCCUGGCCGUCAUUCUCCUCAAUAUCAUCGUGGGGUUGAUCCAGGACUACCGCGCUGAGCAGACAAUCCAGUCGCUAUAUGCCCUGUCCACUCCCAAAUGCAAAGUCAUCCGCAAUGGUAUCAACGAUACCGUCAAGGCAGAAACCCUGGUCAAGGGCGAUCUGGUCUGGCUUUCCACUGGAGACGUAGUUCCCGCCGAUUUACGUCUGGUUCAAGGCAUCAAUCUCGCAACAGACGAGUCCCACCUCACGGGUGAAUCUGUAGCCAUCAGCAAGAAGCCCGACGCCAUCUUCAAUGAUCCAGACCUCCCCAUGGGUGACCGCACAAAUCUGGUCUACACUGGAAGCUCUGUGACUCGAGGCCGGGCGACUGGCAUUGUAAUAUCCACCGGAAUGCACACCGAGGUGGGCCAGAUUGCCGAGCUGCUGCGUCAAAAGAAGAAGCAGAACACAGGCUCUGGCCCCGUUAGCAGAUUCUUCAUCAACUGCUACCAGACUGCCAGGAACAUUCUUGGCCUAGAAGGGACGCCUCUACAAGUCACGCUAAGCAAGUUUGCUCUCCUGCUCUUCGCCUUGGCCAUACUGCUAGCCGUCAUUGUCUUUUCCGUUAGUUUGUGGGAAAUCGAUGACAAUGUGUUGCUGUACGGCAUCUGCGUGGGUGUCGCCGUUAUUCCGGAAUCCCUCCUUGCCGUGCUUACCGUCACUAUGGCUGUCGCUACCAAGGCAAUGGUUAAGGGCCAUGUAAUCGUUCGACAGAUGCCGUCUCUCGAGGCCGUUGGCGGAGUAACCAACAUUUGCUCCGACAAGACCGGCACUCUCACCCAGGGACGCAUGAUUGCUCGCAAAGUGUGGCUUCGAGGCGGUCUCGUUGGACUUAUUGAAGGCACCGCCAAUCCCUAUGAUCCAAGCAGCGGCACCGUGUCGUGGUCUGGAUCCCUCGUAGGAACUUGCUUCAACGCCUUUCUCGACACUCUGGUUCUCUGCAACAACGCCACCGUUACGGACGGCAAGAAGGAGCUCGAGACUGACUCUAGUAGUGUCACAACGGCCUUUGGGUCAGAUGAAUGGAAGGCAGUGGGGGAGCCUACGGAGAUAGCUCUCAAAGUCUUUGCUCUGCGCUUUGGAAAGAAUAGGACUGCCGGCGAUGAACUCGUCGCAGAGCACCCCUUUGACUCGUCGUGCAAACUCAUGAGUGUUGUCUAUGGUAAAGACGUUGAUGCAACGUCCCAAGUAUACACCAAAGGUGCCGUUGAGGUAGUCGUGCCGAAGCUUGAUGAAUCUGAAGAGCUGAAGCAGACGAUCCACGCCAAGGCGGAGGAGCUCGCUGCUGAAGGCCUCAGAGUGCUCUGCAUCGCCAACAGAACCCUGGAUAGGGAAAAAGAAGACCCCCACGACCGCGCCCAGGUUGAAAGUGGCCUCCACUUCUUGGGACUCGCCGGCCUGUAUGAUCCUCCUCGUCCAGAGACGGCUGGUGCAGUAUCGCAGUGUCGCCAGGCUGGUAUUGCCGUGCACAUGGUGACAGGCGAUCACAUCAAGACGGCAACUGCGAUUGCAUACGAAGUUGGAAUCUUGUCGCAUGACAUCCCCUUGUCUCCGACAACUGUCAUGUCGGCAAUCGAUUUUGGCAAUCUCACAGACGGCCAGAUCGAUGCCAUGGAUACCCUUCCGCUCGUCAUCGCCCGAUGCAGCCCCUUGACCAAAGUCCGGGUCAUCAAGGCAUUGCACCGCCGAAGGGCGUUUUGCAUCAUGACUGGCGACGGCGUCAACGAUUCGCCCGCUCUGAAGCAGGCUGACGUGGGCAUAGCCAUGGGCGAUAGGGGAAGCGAUGUGGCCAAGGAAGCGUCGGACAUGGUGCUGACGGAUGACAACUUUGCGUCCAUCGUGACAGGCAUCAAGGAAGGACGCCGUCUCGCAGACAAUAUCCAAAAGGUUAUACUUCUUUUGAUUGGGCUGGCCUUUAAAGAUGCGGAUGGAAUCGCCGUGUUUCCGCUGUCUCCGCUUGAGAUCCUCUGGGCUAACCUGGUUACCUCAUCACCCCUUGCUCUCGGCUUGGGCUUGGAAGAGGCGCAGCCAGACAUUCUGCAGCGCCCACCCCGCAGUCUGCGGUCGGGGGUCUUCACCCUGGAUCUGAUUCGGGACCAGUUCGUGUAUGGUACCUGUAUGGGAUCUCUCUGCCUGGCGGCUUUUAUGCUGGUGGCUUAUGCGGCUUCCGGGCGGGGCUACCAUGACCUGCCUAUUGACUGCAAUGAGCAUGGCCAUGACGGAUGCGGCCUCGUGUUUCGUGCCAGGGCUACGACGUUUGCUACGCUGAGCUUCUUGCUUCUGAUUACUGCUUGGGAGGUGAAGCACUUUCAUCGCAGUCUGUUCAACAUGGACGAGAGGUGGAAGGGUCCCUUGUCCGUCUUCAAGACGGUCUAUCACAAUCAUUUCUUGUUCUGGUCCGUCAUUGCAGGAUUCGUUAUUACCUUUCCUGUCAUUUACAUUCCUUAUGUCAACAAGGCUGUGUUUAAGCACCAGGCAUUAACGUGGGAGUGGGGUGUUGUGUUUGGCUGCGUGGCGGUCUAUGUUGUGCUCAUUGAAGCCUGGAAGGCCAUCAAGCGCCGUUAUAGCCUCGGCAUCGACAAGCAUCCUAACCAGGCAACCGUCUCGCAAGCGUAA